AGGGUCAGUCAGGUUAGUUUGUUUGGUUUGUCCGUUUGGAAUUUGGUUUGUAACCUGUACUCUCCUCAAAUUAGUGAAAUUUGUCCCCCCUGCCCGUGGAUUAGCUAGCACACAUUGUGUUAGUGAACCACAUUAAAUUUGUGUUCGUUCGUGUUGGUUUGGAUUAUCGAUUGCACGCUUCUAUUCUGACAAGUGGUAUCAGAGCCUGGUUGCGGUUUUGGGAAUUUGGUGCUGGACUGAAGUUUUGCUUUGUGGAGUUUGGUUGGAGUUUGUUUGAUAGUAAGAAUGACUGCUAUCAGUAUGAAGAUUGAGAAGUUUACCGGAAGAAACAGUUUCAGUUUAUGGCAGAUCAAGAUGCAAGCACUGUUGAAACAACAGGGUUUGUGGGCUCCAUUGUCUGGAAAAUCGAAGAAGGAAAGUAUAGAUGAAGAAGAGUGGAGUACUUUGGAAGAGAAAGCUCACUCUACAAUCUUGCUUUGUUUGGCUGAUGACAUCAUCAGUGAGAUUGCUGCUGAGAAGACUGUCGCGGGUUUGUGGUUGAAGCUUGAAAGUCUAUACAUGACAAAGUCUUUAACCAACAAGUUGCAUAUGAAGCAACGUUUGUUCAGUUUGCGUAUGGAGGAAGGUACGCCUCUCAGGAAUCAUCUAGAUCAUCUCAAUACCAUCUUGCUAGAUCUGCGGAAUAUUGAUGUUAAAAUAGAUGAUGAGGAUGCUGCCUUAAUUCUGUUAGUAUCUUUGCCACAGUCAUAUGAGAAUUUUGUGGAUUCUUUUAUUGCUGGGAAAGAUAGUUUGUCUUUGGAAGAUGUCAGAUCUGCUCUACAUACUAGAGAGGUUCUAGAUAAGGCAUCUGGUUCAGGUUCGGAAAAUCAGGCAUCUGGGUUGGCUGCUACUAGUAGUAGGAGACAACAAUCUGGUAAUAGGAAGGCGAAUACAAAUUCGAAUUCUGCUGGUUUGAAGGAUGAUAUCUGUCAUUACUGCAAGGAGAAAGGACAUUGGAAAUUUGAUUGUCCUAAACUGAAGAAAUAUCAGGAGAAGAAGGAAUCAUCUGCUGUUGUGGCGGAAGAAACUAACUCUGAUUCUGAAGAUGGUUUAGCCUUAGCAGUGAAUGAAUAGUAACAUCAUCAGGAUGUGUGGUACUUAGAUACUGCAGCUGAUUAUCAUAUGUGUCCAAGCAGGGAGUGUUUUUCAACUUAUGAGCAGAUAGAUGGAGGACAUGUUUCUAUGGCCAAUGGUGCUGUCUGUAAGAUUGUUGGAAGAGGCUCCGUCAGGAUGAGGACACAUGAUGGUUGUAACACCCUACCCUAUACGUUUUGCCUAAUCAUAUUGUUCAUACAAUUGCAGCGGAAUUAAUCUCGGGUGUUACAUUAAUUAUCAAAAUUUACCUAAAUAAAAUUUCGACAUGAAUUACUCGUGUAAUGGGCUAACAGUUCUUGCAACUUAUCCUGCAAAAUAAUUCAUCACAAACAUAUAUACUCACAACCAUAUGCAUUGGCUUUCAUAGCCAUAGGCACAGUUUCAUACUACACAACUGCAUACCGUACUAAUACAAGCCAUAAUCGUCAUAACUUACACAAUUACAAAAAUAUACACAUAUCAUCAACUUUCCACACCUGUGGAUAUCUCACACUACAUCAGAAGCUAGUAUGCACAUGAAAAACGUUCUCAAAACAUUUUUACAAAAAGGUGUGGAUCACUGGCCAAAAUCCCGAGUAGUAGUAGUCCAAGCACAGAAUAGUUGAAGACCAUACCUCAUCCUGGCUUCAACUCUAGCUCCUCUCCCACCUAACACUUAUCUACUGUUGUUGCUGAUGAUCUGCUUACACAUAGCAUAAGCAGAGAAGAAGAAUAAAAGAGGGUCAGCUCAUAGCUGAGUGAGAUAAUCAUAGCAUCGUGAGUUCAUAACAGAGCAUACCCCUAUCAUACAUCUAACAAUCAAGCCAAAACACUAGGAUCGGACCUCAGCCAUCCUCAUAUCCCAAUAGGCAAAAGACUCAACCACUUUGACUUAUGCAUAUGCAUCUUAUCAUGUUUUAAUCAUAGGCGCCUGGCUACUCCCAUGCUAAUAACUCUCCCGGGAAACAUACCCCACAUCCCGUCGGAUGUAGUCAUAAAUACCCCAACAUCCCGUCGGAUGUGGUCAUACAUACCCCACACCACUAUGGGUGUGGUCAUAUCUCGUAAGAAUUCUUCAGUCACCACAACAUGAGAGGUGUGACUAUCAUAUAUAUCAUAAUAGAGUAAUAGCAUAGGGAGCCCUAAUUACUAUGUAGUUGACCGUGAGACCACAACCCUCAUAUUUGGUAUCCUUAUACAUGAUUCAUAUCUCAUCUUGCUUAAUCAUAAUUCAUUACUUACACAUGUACUUGACUUGGCCAUAAUUGGCUCAACAUAGGUAAAUCAGGAGUCGUAUAAUUGCACUUCCUCGGGAUAAACCCUCGUGCAAGUCAUCAUCCUUAAACAUCAUAAUAUUAUCAGGGAAUAUAUAUUUUCCCAUUUGUGCAUCCAAAUACAACAAUCAUGAAAAAUCAUACCCAAUCACCUUUUCGAACCCUCGUAAAGCAUAUUAACAGUCAAGCCCACAAUUUGCAACCUAUACACAAUCAUCAGCAUAAACAAGGUUCAUAUUGAUUAGGGCAAGUCAAUAAUAUCAUACAACAAUCCAGGGUUCAACAUAUAGCACAAAAGUUCAUACACCCCUAAUCAUGCCAUUCUAGUUCACCUAGGUCAAUUCUAAGCAUCAAUAUAAUAAUCGUGAUACGAUAAAUCCGGUAUGCCGUGCUAAUGCCUCACCAGUUCUGGUCGUUCAAACACCGGUUCUAGCCUCCCGUACUAAAACGUCAAUUUCCCAAACGAACCCCGUAUUAAAAUCCGAGACCUUCCUAAUAUCCCCUGCAGUAUCCCCGUCAAUAUUAGUUCUGGGCUCCGGGUCAAAUUCUCGAUAAAAACACAUCAAACCCUGGCCGGAGCUAAAUUCAGCGGUUUGGACCCCGGCCUAAAUAAUAGCCGAAAUUCAGG